AUGCCUUUUGAAUUGCAGACAAUGACAACAUUCAUGCCCCCACCACCAGCUGCAACAUAUCUGGCGUUUCAUCCUCAAGACAAUAAUAUCAUUGCCAUAGGAAUGGAAGAUUCUUCCAUCCAAAUUUACAAUGUUCGGGUUGAUGAGGUUAAAACCAAGCUAAAGGGACAUCAGAAAAGAAUAACAGGCCUUGCCUUUUCUCAUGUUCUUAAUGUGCUUGUAUCAUCGGGCGCUGAUUCCCAGUUGUGUGUUUGGAACACAGAUGGAUGGGAGAAGCAGGCCAGUAAAUUUCUUCCGAUUCCAAGUGGGCGAGCUGCUGCUCCUCUUGCAGAUACCCGAGUUCAGUUUCACUUAGAUCAGACACUUUUGCUGGCAGUUCAUGAAACACAGAUAGCCAUAUACGAAGCACCAAAAUUAGAAUGCCUCAAGCAGUGGGUUCCUCGAGAAGCUAGUGGUCCAAUCACACAUGCUACGUAUUCCUGUGAUAGCCAGUCAAUUUAUGUUAGCUUUGAAGAUGGAAGUGUGGGGGUUCUCACUGCUUCUACACUUAGAUUGAGAUGCCGAAUACUACCUACUGCUUAUUUACCUCCAAAUCCAAGCUUUGUGCAUCCUCUCGUUGUUGCGGCACAUCCAUCUGAACCCAAUCAGUUUGCAUUAGGACUUACAGAUGGUGGAGUGCAUGUACUCGAGCCUUUAGAAUCAGAAGGAAGAUGGGGCACUUCCCCUCCGAUUGAGAAUGGUGCUGGGCCGAGCACCACUUCUGGAGCAGCCGGUUCAGAUCAACCCCAAAGGUGA